AUGAUGCUGCGACGGCCUCCUGGCGAGGGACGGCAUGUCGUCCAGCAACAAAACAACAGGAAGUUCUUCUGGGUCCUCGCUGCCUUGCUGCUACCGGUGCUGCCUCUCGUCGAAGCUGCCGACUUCCGCUCCGUCGAAGCCCAGCCACAGCCUCCGGCUCUUGCCUCGCCGUCGCUAGCUGCCCCUCGGGCUGCUAACCAUCACGCCGAACGACAUGGCAAGCCUCCCGGGGCCCAGCCCCGCCACGAGUCUCCCCUCGAGGGCGACAACGUCAUCCGCAAUCUUGCUGCGACUGCGCUGACGCAACACGACCUUGACACCCCGCACGCUGCUGCGCGCAGGAAGAGGACCAACACCCAGUCCGUCAAGGAAGAGCACCAUUCACCACACAGACCAAGAAACCUUCAAACCUACGAUGCGAGCGCUAUCUCUGCUGCGGCUCCGGACCACCCCGACGGGCGGUCCGUCCGAGCCCCUUCACCGUUGACCCCCGACAGGUCUAUCGAUGAUUGGGAAGUGGAGGACUUUGUUCUUUUGGCGACCAUCGAUGGAGACCUGUACGCCAGCGACCGGAGGACUGGCAAGGAACGUUGGCACAUCUCUCUCGGCCAAUCCAUGGUCGAGACCAAACACCACCGACAGGUCAAGAGCCCCGCCGAUGCCGACUCCAACACCAUCUGGGACCAGAGCGUGUGGGCCAUCGAGCCAACUGGGGACGGCGAGAUCUACAUGUACGCUCCCGGCAAGACUGAUGGCGUCAUGUCCACCGGCUUGACCAUGAAGGAGCUCGUCGAGAAGAUGUCCCCUUAUGAGAACAAGGAAUACGGGCUUGUCUACACCGGCAAGAAAGAGACGAAUAUCCUGGCACUGGACGCUGCCACCGGUCGUGCCAUCCGAUGGUUUGGCCCGACGGCGUCCAAGGCUGAGGACUGGGACAGCUGCCCCCGCCCUCUCGACCCCGUCGCCAGUAUGGACGCUGAGGAGUGCCACAGCGGCACCAUCACCCUAGGUCGGACUGAGUACACCGUUGGCAUCUCCAAUCCACGCGGGUACCCCGUCGCUACCCUGAAGUACUCCGAGUGGAGCCCCAACAUUAAAGACGAAGAUCUGAUGCGGCAAUACUCCACUACCAUGGACAAGCUCUACAUCACCAGCCGUCACGAUGGACGUGUCUACGGGUUUGACUUCGAUCGGGAUGCAGAGCGCCGUCAAUCCUUUGUCGAGCAUUUCCCGACCCCAAUUGCAAGGGCGUUUGACGUCGUCCGUCCUGCCCGCAGUUACAAUUCAUUUGAGGAGGAGGACAAAAACACGGAGCUCAUUGCUCUGCCACAACCUGCGCUCCCGGCGAAAGACGAGCAAGAGGCUCUGGUGCGGAGUGGCGCCAUUUUUCUCGAUCAGAUUGCCGGCAAUUGGUAUGCCAUGUCUGCUCGGGCAUACCCUCUGAUUACCAAGGCUCCAACUGCGCUCAUCGCCGAGCUCGACUGGUUGCAGGAAGAUGAGAAGCUACCCCCCUCCCGGCUUUCCGAAGUUUUGGUGGGCCAGCAUUUUCUUGGCAAGCCCUGGACCAGACCCCGGAACCCACUCCUACCAGGGUCCUCCAACUCGGCACCAUUAGAACCGCCACAGCUGGAUGGCCCUCGGCAGGAUCACCCGGAUGUACCCACUCUGGCCAUUGAUGCCCCCAGCCCUAGCAGCACCGUCAUCGAGAGGGUCAAGAAGCUUCCGCAGGAAGCGGCCAACAGUGCCAUUGAAGCCUUCACGAACCCCUUUGUCGCAUUGCUUUUCAUGACGGCUCUUUUCGUAUACCGCCACGAGAUCAUUCGCCGCGUCAAGGGUGUUCCCAAGGAAUCUGUCCGUUGGACGAAAGGUGUUCUCAAACAACAAGGCUUCAAUGUUGACCUGGACGAAGACUCAUCAGACGAGACGUCAGAGACACAAGUCGUGGACAAUGACCAAGAAGCUGAAAGGCUCCCAACCGAACAGGUCGUGGCCGUAAGGGAGGCACUUAAUAUCGAGGAUGAAUCCGCCUCAGAUCCAGCCACCCCUAGGGCUCCCAUCGAGAUCGCUGCACCCAUCGAGGUACAGCGUGACGCGCAGACGGAUGCAGCGCAGAAUCCACCUGAAGUAAAGAAGAAGAAGGCACACCGAGGCCGACGUGGUGGCAAGCAACACAAGAAGAAAAAUAAGGCCGAUAAUGGGUCGGCUGAAGAUGAGACCCUCAAUGACGUGGAGGAGGCAGUCAACAUGGCCAAGAAGCUGGGCGAGACAGCCCGAGGCCCCGAGCCCGACAUCCAGACAGUGCCUGACGACGUCGGCAAUGUGUCAGUCCCGAUCCUCAAGAUUGACGACAGCCUUGAGGUCAUUCAGGAGCAGCAGCUCGGCACGGGAAGCAACGGCACCAUCGUCUUCGCCGGGAAGUGGCAGGACCGGCCGGUAGCGGUCAAGCGGAUGUUGAGGUCUUUCUACGAUAUUGCUACGCGCGAGACCCGGCUGCUACGCGAGGUCGACCUGCACCCCAAUGUCAUCCGCUACUAUGCCCAGCUAGAACGUGGCGACUUCAUCUACAUCGCCCUCCAGCUUUGUGAGGCUUCACUUGCGGACGUCGUAGAAAAACCGUCGCAUUUCCGCACCCUGGCCGAGCUCGGUUCCAGGAACCCACUCGGUGUCCUGAAGCAGAUCACCAAAGGAUUGGAUCACCUUCAUUCCUUGCAAAUUGUCCACCGUGAUUUGAAACCGCAAAACAUUCUCAUCACUACUGACAUGGAUGGCGAGCCUCUCAUCCUGGUCUCCGAUUUUGGACUCUGCAAGAAGCUGGAGAAUGGCCAGUCGUCUCUUGGGGCUACUACGGCUCACAACGCUGGUACAGCUGGCUGGCGAGCUCCGGAGCUCCUACAUGACGAUGACGCGUCUACUGGUCCGAUGCUUGUAGACGCUAGCUCCACGCACAGCGGCACCGCCAGCAGCAACCAGCAACAGGGUGAGCACCGGCGUCGUGUAACCCGAUCGAUCGAUAUCUUUUCGCUCGGCAUUGUCUUCUUCUACGUCCUUACGCAGGGCUCACACCCCUUCGACUGCGGCGGUUCAUUUAUGAGGGAGGUCAACAUUCGCAAGGGCACAUACAGCCUGGAUAGGCUGGAGGUGCUCGGCGAGUACCAGCGCGAAGCCACCCAUCUGAUCGAGAAGAUGAUCAGCGCGAACCCUAAGGAGCGGCCGAAGACCAAGGACAUCCUCGUGCACCCGUUCUUCUGGUCGGCUGAGAAGCGCCUGACGUUCCUGUGCGACGUGUCAGACGCGUUCGAGCGCGAGCCGCGCGAUCCGCCCAGCCCAGCCCUCCAGGCCCUCGAGGCGGGCGCUCAUGAGGUCAUCCCGAACGGGGACUUCCUUUCGCGCCUUCACAAGGACUUUGUCAACUCGUUGGGCAAGCAGCGUAAGUACACGGGGUCGCGCAUGCUGGACCUGCUGCGCGCGCUGCGCAACAAGAAGAAUCACUUCCGCGACAUGCCCGAGGCCCUGCAGGAGAAGGUCGUAGGCCACCGCGCCAUGGAAGAGGGCUAUCUGCUCUACUGGACCACGCGGUUCCCUGACCUGUUGCUGUACUGCUGGAAUGUUGUCCGGCACGAGGACGUCGGUUUCGAUGAGGAUAUUCAGCUGCGGAAGUACUAUCAGCUGAGGAGGCCGGAGUAG